CCAGGAUUUACAUAAAGCCAGCGGCUCAGGUUUUCAGGAUUACUAGCUCUUUCCUUCUCUACAUGCUGGGCAAGAAUCCAGAUGGGAAAACGGGUAAUUCCUUCUUCCUGUAUUUUCCAGCCCAGCUUCUGUGCUGUUUUUCCAUUAUGGCUUUUGCUGCUAUGGUCGGCUGCAUUGGUUGGGCCUCACUUAUGUUGCACCACUGAUGGCUUGCUACUCUGAGCAGAAGCAGAGGAGUGAAUGAAUUGGGGCAUGAGCACACGGGGGCCACACCCUGUAUCCGGCAGCCAUGCUCCUCCGAGGACUGCGGCUCUAUGGGAAGUGGUGCCGUUUUUCCAGUCCCAUUACUCAGCUCCUUACCUUAACUGUGGUGACAUUUGGCGUGUUGGCUCCCUUGAUUUGCCACCAGCUCCUCCACUCCUAUUUUUACUUACGCCGCUGGCAUCUGAACCCCAUGAGCCAGGAGUUCCUGAAGCAGAACCAGGAGGAUGGCCAGACUGCCCUCCGUUACUUUGAGGACCUGCGGACUCCUAACUCCUCGGAGAUCUCAGGCGACAAGGCCCUCAGACCAUGGCUGCUCGUCACCAUCAUCACCGUGCAGAGGCGGAAUGAGUUCCACUACGUCCUGCAGGUGGCUUCCCGCUUCCACCGCCUCCUCCAGCAGUGUGGCCCUCACUGCCGGAGCCACCAGGUCUUUCUCUGUAACGUAGAGCAGGACCCGGGCAGCCACCAGGAUGCCAGGCUGUUGGGUAACUUCUUUGCAAUGGUCAGCCGCUACAAAAACUGGGAGGACCCCGAUGCCGCAUUGAACCAGUUUGAGAAGGAGAAGCGGGACUAUGCCUUCUGCUUGGAGCAGUCGCUCUUGGCCUACAGUCCAGAGUACGUCCUUCUGGUGGAAGACGAUGCUGUUCCCGAAGAGGAGAUAUUCCCUGUCCUGCAGCACCUGCUGCUGGCACGGCUCUCAAAGCCACACCUCAAAGAUGCCCUCUACCUGAAGUUGUACCAUCCCGAGCGACUUCAGCGCUAUAUCAACCCGGAGCCCAUGAGGAUCCUGGAGUGGCUCGGCCUGGGCAUGUUUCUGGGCCCCCUGCUGAGCUUUCUGUACUCCUGGGUGUCUGGCCGCCCAAGCCUUACCUGGCCCAUUGUCCUGUUCUUUGCCUUGUACAGCAUGGCACUAGCAGAGCUGGUGGGUCGCCACUACCUGCUGGAGCUGCGCCGGCUGGCCCCUGUGCUCUACAAUGUGGUGCCGGUCACCGAGUGCUGCACGCCCGCCAUGCUGUUCUCCUCCCCUUCCGCCCACCGUGUCUUGGGUUACCUUCAGGAGCUGCACUGCCGUCGGGGUUUUGCCAAGGACACUGCACUCUACUCCCUGUUGCGCACCAAGGGUGAGAGGGCCUACGUGGUGGAGCCCAAUCUGGUCAGGCACGUGGGGAUGUUUUCCAGCCUCAGGCCAAAUGACAGCCCUAAGCUACUGUGACCCACCGAGAAAUGCCUUUAUGGAAAGACUGGGAGCCAAGGGAGCCUUGUCCUUGGACAGACAUAUCAGGUGUGACUCCAGAUGUCAUGCCACUUGCAACUGUGCUCAGAACUACCAGCGCCACCUAGUGGAGGGAAAGGAACUUUAAAAAAAAGUUAAACCUAUAGCUACAUUUAUUUUAUAAUGAAGUGAAAGGAGGGUGGAGGUUUUCAGGGAAGGGGAAGCUUUGCUACUAUUCUUAGUCAUUUUGGGGGGGAGACCCCAAUAUACACACACACACACACACACACACACACACACACUGGCCAUUUGCACGUGAAUGUGCCUCCUACAGCAGUAUCCAACAACCAGUCUCUGGUAUCACAGACCCGAGACAGUUUGGCUGUAUCAGCUGAUGUUUGAGAUCUCCUUUGUCUUUUUAGCUGCCUCAUGCACCUCCCCCACCCCGCGUCCUUCCUCACCUACAAUGGCCCUGUCUCAAUUCCCUCCAUGCUAGUCAAUGCCACUCCUGUGGUCACAUAUGUCCCAGUCUCAAGGUACUGGAAAUGCUAGCCAGGGUGAGUGCAUCAGGCACAAGCUGACCUAGGAGGAAAUAUGGAGCUGGAGAAUAGCCCUUGUUUCCCCCAACCUUCUCCAUAUCUUACCCUGAUGACCUUUACAAGAGGCACGAUGCAUAUAAUGAGCUCCUUACCCCACAUUCUGCACAUGGUUCUGCGAACAUGUUUCAUGCUGCUUCAGCACCUCCAGAUCUUCUCCUAUGUGGGUGUCCUAGAAAUUCCUGUCCGUUCCAGCUGAAGAAUAAGGAGAGGCGGACACAGUUAAUCAAGCAGGGAGCCCCAGGAGGGGCGAUCCGUUUAUUUCAAUUGCAAUUGGGUUCGAGCUCAUAAGUCAGCAAGAACAAAGAAAACACUUACACCAAAGCAUUAUAUGCAGUUGACUAUGAUAAUCUAUCACUCUAUGAUUGGCCAAAAUUUGCUAUCAUUACCAUACAUAAUUAGCAAGCUACAUAUAUCUGCCCUUCUUGUGACCCCUUAUUGUUCAUCUACUUGCCCGCCCCCCCGCGUUAUUUUGCAAACCAAGCAGUUAGUUAUCUACAGGACGCAGGCACAGAAAAUUCCAUUGUCUCCAGGUUUAGAGUUUGGCUACAUUUCCUCUCGAAGGAACUUCCUGAGUUAAGACUAUGCAUAGCUGUGCUAUAUAUCUCCCAUGUGUACGUGACAAAUUUGCCCCCUGGCAGUUAAGUAGAAUACUUUUAUUUCAUGGGUAACAUGCCUCUUCCCCCAAAGCUCUCUUUUCACCUUGGAGCAGAGGAUCUGAAACAUAAAGUCCAUGUUCUUCUCCAUUGCUUCAGCUGGGGUCCCCGAUGGAGCCAAGAACACUAAAACCAAACAACCUCCCGCUCGCUGUAUGUGGCUUGGAUUCGCUGGCCCAUGCACAUACUCACACACACCCACACAGCCUCACAUCAGAACAAUCUUUGAGAUUGCACAUACAGCUACCUCUCAUAGGUGAGGAAGAGCAGAUUCCCCAUUUAGGCCCUGAUCCUGUAUCACCGGGAGCUCACUCAUUAGCUUUAUUGAGUGCAAGCCCUUAAAACUGGCCCUAGACGGGUUGCCACCCAUCCUGAUUUUCCAUGGAUUCCACCUGCAGCAUGGAGAAGCUCCAGUUUGCCUUGGGCAGCCCAAUGAAUGAUCCAGCAUGAUCAUGUUAUUUACGGGAAAGGUGAAGGAACAGUUGCAGCAGCAUGGUGUCACAGUGCACUUAUCUUGCCUCAGCCUGCAGUUAGAUAUAGCUGACAGCUGCAGAAGACACAGUUCACUGCUCCUACCAUGAAUAGCUGGGCAUGGUCAGAUGAGCAAGUUUCAGUAAUGUGUCAUGUUGAAGGGGCCACUUCUAAAUAGACACGUUAAAUAACUAAUCUUCUGAUCCAACUGGCGGGGAGUUUGGAUGGUUUCCAAGAGUUGGCUGCUUUCUAGCAGAACUGUUCUGGGUGCAUUGAAAACAGAAACCACAUGAGAAAUAAGAUCUUGGGGAUUGUUACAAAUUCAAAACUGCCUUUGAAAAGUUUGUACCCCAUGGCCCUGAUCUACAGCCCAUUGCAGUCAGAGUCUUUUUAUCGAUUUUAGGGUGCUUUGGACCAGGCACUAUAUGAGGAGACCUACGCCCAGUUUUGAGUGGCAUUUGGGUGAAACUGUGUGCAAAUCACAAAUUUUCCUGGCUUCAGAAUGAACCAAGUGAAACAGUUUUGGGGGGGAAAAGAGUUCCACUUUCAGUUUUCUUUCUUUCGUUUGUCAGAGCCUGGAACUCAUGGUAAAACUAGGAGUAAUAAGGGUAGAUGUGUGUCUGUGUGUGAACCCUUGUGGACUGAAACCAAAGAAAAUAUUUGCACAAGCCUCCUAAGAAGUAAAUUUCACACAAAAACGACGAGGAGUCCUUGUGGCACCUUAGAGACUAACAAAUUUAUUUGGGCAUAAGCUUUCGUGGGCUAUAGUUCCUUUUCAGGCUGGGAGGGGCAACUGACUUGUAAAGUGUUCAGCACAAAGGAGAUAGGCAGUCAGUCACAGGGUGUCACUAGAGCACAGAACAAUGCCAGCUCAAGCACCUGAACUUUGCCUCUUGCUAGAUCAGCUGGGAUUAUUUUAGAGGAUCACUGUUGUUUGCACAAGGGCAUGCCUUGCCUUGCAUGCACAAGGGCAUGGACUGUAAGAGCUGACAAAACAUUACAUUUUAUUUCGACACAGCAGUCACCAGCAUCCAUCAGGACAGAUGCUGAAACCUGUUCCCAGACUAAGUGCAGCUGGUAUCUGGCUUCCCUGUGUCUCCCUCGCAGAGAGCCACACACACAAAUAUCUUCUCGGUAGUGUUGUUCUUUGUCAGGUUGUAGAAUUUGGGGGUCAUUGUGAAUUUAUUUCACUAAGUGCCUGGGCACAUAGAGGGAAAGGUGACUAUCUAUUUAUGCUGCCUUGAGUGUUGAAUGUUUCAGAUGUGGGGUUUGUUUUUUAAUCUUUGUACUGUAUGGAUCCAGAACAACACCCCAUUUUUUGGUGCUUGGUUGUUCAUGUUAGUGCAAAACAAAAGCCCCCAGCAAGGAGUUACAAAUUGUUUGGCUUAAAAAAGAGAGAGAGAAAGAACCAAGUGAUAAUGCUCAGUUAAUAAAUGUUCUGGUGUGGGAAAUGA